AUGUCCUCCUAUCUACUGGCAGUUAUUGUCUCAGAAUUCGACUUCAUCGAAGGCAACACGACAAGUGGUGUGCGGUUCCGAAUAUGGUCACGCCCAGAGGCGAAAAAUAUGACACAAUAUGCCUUAGACGCCGGCAUCAGAUGUUUGGAGUUUUACGAGAGCUUCUUCGGCAUAAAAUUCCCUUUACAAAAGCAAGAUAUGGUUGCGCUUCCUGACUUCUCUGCAGGUGCCAUGGAAAACUGGGGACUCAUCACUUACAGAUACUAUGCACCGUUGAACAAGGAACGGGUUGCCAUUGUGGUUGCUCAUGAACUUGCCCAUCAGUGGUUCGGCAACCUUGUCACGUUGAAGUGGUGGGAUGAUUUGUGGCUGAACGAAGGUUUCGCAACAUUUGUUGAAUUCAUCGGUGCAGAUCAUAUCAGCAAUGGAACUUUUAGAAUGAAGGACUAUUUUCUAUUGGAUGCACUUGUAGACGCCUUGGAGGCUGACGCGGUAGCUUCAAGCCAUCCGCUAUCAUUUAAAAUCGAUAAAGCUUCAGAAGUUUACGAAGCUUUCGACGCUAUCACGUACUCCAAAGGAGCGUCAGUUCUCACAAUGCUGCAAGCUUUGAUUGGUGAAGAAAACUUCAAACGGGCCGUGACGCAAUAUCUCAAUAAGUUUUCGUUCGACAACGCGAAAGCUUCCGAUCUUUGGGGUGUCUUCGAUGAAGUUGUUAAGGAUGUCAAGGGCCCCGACGGUAAUCCUAUGAAAACCACUGAAUUCGCUUAUCAGUGGACGACUCAGAUGGGCUACCCAAUAGUCACAGUGGAAACGUUCAACGCGACUUCUUUGAAAGUCUCACAAAACCGAUACAAGACGAAUAAGGACGCCCAAGAGCCGGAAAAGUACCGUCAUCCGAAAUAUGGGUUCAAGUGGGAUGUUCCUCUAUGGUAUCAAGAAGGCGAAAGCAACGAAAUAAAGCAGACCUGGUUGACCAGAGGCGAGCCCCUUUAUUUGCACGUGAGCAGUUCUGAUGAUUCCAUUGUGGUGAACGCCGAUCGGCAUGGAUUUUACAGGCAAAACUACGAUGCCAACGGUUGGCGAAAGAUUAUCAGGCAACUCAAGGAAAAUCAUGAGGAUCUGACAGUCAAGGAACGGAACGCGAUCGAUAAGUGA